GUUGAAGUGGUGGAUCCACUAACUGUUCACCCUUCGUUAUUAACGCUAAAAAAAUAAAGAAUCAUUACCAUAUCCUAAUGAAAAAACUCCGACCUUACUAAUCUGAGGAGAUGGGAAUAUUAAAGAUAAGCGAGCAGUCACUCCUGGUCCAGGCAGUAUUUAGCCAGAAUGCAGAAAUGGUGGACUUUUUAUUGGAACAAAAGGAAGACAUCAAUGAAUUGGACCAAGAGUGCCGCACUGCAUUGCAUGCUGCUGCUUAUGUGGGUGGUGUUUAUAUCAUGGACCUUCUCAUCAGUUCGGGUGCUGAUGUUAAUGCUAAAGACCAGGAGUGGCUGACUCCUCUGCAUCGGGCAGCUGCCUCACAGAAUGAAAGAUCUGUUGAGCUGCUGCUGAGAAAGGGAGCCGAGGUGAACGCACAGGACAGGUUUUGUCAGACGGCACUGCAUGUAGCUGCAGCCAGCAGAGCGAUAAAGUGUGUAGAUAUUCUGAUUCCUUAUGUGAACAGUCUGAAUGUAGCAGAUCGCUUUGGGAGAACUGCUGUUCAUCACGCAGUCCACAGUGGACAUGCAGAGACAGUGACCCUGCUCUUAAAUAAAGGGGCCAACAUGAGUGCCAGAGACAUAAAGGACAGACAGCCUAUCCAUCUGGCUGCUUAUCUAGGGCGUCUGGAGGUUGUGAAGCUCUUAGUAGCAUGCAGUGCAGAUGUGUCCUGCAGGGACAAGCAGGGAUUUACCCCUCUACAUGCGGCUGCUCUUGGUGGACACACUGAAGUGGUCAAGUACCUGCUGAAACAUGGAGCAGAGAUUGACGAAUCAGAUCGUUCUGGUAACAGUGCUCUCCAUAUGGUGUGUUACGCUGGGCAAGAGUUUGUAGCAAGUGCGCUGGUUAACUGUGGUGCUAGUGUUAACCAUUCAAAUGUACAAGGCUGCACACCGCUGCACCUGUCUGCUGCCUCCGCUGAUGGAGCCCUGUGUCUGGAGCUGCUGGUCAAUAACGGGGCAGAUGUUAACAUUCCGAAUAAAGACGGGAAGAGUCCUUUGCAUAUGGCUGCCAUUCACGGACACUUCACCCGUUCUCAGAUACUCAUUCAAAAUGGUGCAAAGGUGAAGUGUGUUGAUAAAUAUGGUAAUACUCCUCUUCACUCUGCUGCUAAACAUGGUCAUGAGUUGCUCAUCAGUUUACUCUUGAAUAACGGUGGAGAUGUGGCCAGGCGAGGCAAUAAUGGGAUGACUCCAUUGGAUUUGGCAGUGUUUUACGGAUUUUCAGACUGUUGCCGAAAGUUACUCUCCUCAGGGUUUGAUAUAAACACUGUGGACAGCCUCGGAAGGACAUGUUUGCAUAUAGCUGCUUCAGGCGGAAAUGUUGAAUGUCUUAAGUUGUUGUUGAACAGUGGUGCUGAUCUGAGUAAAAAGGACUAUUUUGGAAGGUCUCCUUUGCACUAUACAUCAGUGAAUGGCUCAUAUCUGUGUACAGUGGCUCUGGUGAAAGCUGGAGCUGAUGUUAAUGAACUGGAUGUGAAUGGAUGCAGUCCUCUGCACUACGCAGCUGCUGUUCAAACCUCACACAGAGUUGAGCAGAACUGUCCUGACAGACAGUCCAGCAGUGAUAGUGAUGAGGAAGCUCAGUGGUGUUUGGAGUUUCUUUUGCAUAGUGGUGCUGAUCCAUCACUGCGUGACAGUAAAGGCUUCAGUCCAGUCCACUACGCAGCUUCCUGUGGUGACAGACACAACCUAAAAUUUCUUAUAGAAAUGUCUUUCAAAUGUGUGGAAGAUGUGGAGAGUUGUGUUCCUGUGAGCCCUUUUCACUUAGCGGCGUAUAAUGGUCACAAUGAAGCUCUUCAGGUGCUGUCCGAAACACUUGUUAAUGUAGAUAUACAAGACUCCAGGGGUCAUACAGCUCUGUAUAUGGCUGCUCUAAGAGGUCACGGCCCCUGUGUGGAACUUCUGCUGCUUCAAGGGGCCUCAUAUACCAUCACGGAGCACAUCCACAGGUGGACACCCCUACAUGCUUCAGCUGCCAAUGGUCAAACUGACUGCCUGCUCAUGAUGUUGAAAAGAGCAGAAAAAAAUGACAUAAUUGACCUCAUGGACGUACAUGGACAGACUCCCCUGAUGUUGGCGACACUGGGCAGUCACAUUGACUGUGUCCACAUGCUGCUUGAGAGAGGAAGUAAUCCAGACACUGGAGACAGAAGAAGCCGCACUGCGUUACAUCGUGCAGCAGUAGUUGGUAGUGAAUUAUGUGUCUCAGCUUUACUGGUGCAUGGAGCCUUUGCUCUGUGCAGGGACGUUUAUGGCAGAACCCCCUUGCACUUGGCUGCCUCUUGUGGUCACGCAGGGCUGUUGCAUCCUUUUCUUCAUGCUGCAUUGCUCUCAGACCCCCUUGACUCUCUGCUAGACUACAGUGCCUACACACCUACUCACUGGGCUGCUUACCAUGGGCACUCUGACUGUCUAGAAGUUUUACUUGAAUAUAGACCAUCAAGCUUUCAGGAAGGAAAUACCUUUACACCACUGCACUGUGCACUAAUUGCUGGGCACCAUGGUGCUGCUCAGCUGCUUGUCAAAACUAUGGGAACAAAAAUCAUGAACCUCAGAGACGCCAAAGGAAGAACUCCCUUACAGGCAUCUGCAUAUGCAGGAAAUGUCACAGCACUGCAGCUGGCGUUGACCUGUGGUUCAGAUGUAAACUCAGUUGAUUAUACUGGACGCACUGCUUUAAUGAUUGCUGCUGAAAAUGGGCAUACUUCUGCUGUCGAUAUCUUGCUUCAUCAGGCCAGGACAGACCUCUCACUGUUGGACAUCAACAGAAACUCAGCACUUCAUAUUGCCUGUAGAAGAAGUCAAGAAAUGUGUGCUCUUCUCAUUCUGGCGGAGAUUGAUGAGCCCUCUCUCAUCAAUACCACAAACACUGCACUCCAAACGCCUCUGCAUAUUGCAGCAAGAAAUGGUCUUGCUACUGUGGUUGAGGUGCUGCUUACUCGAGGUGCAACAGUUCUGGCUAUAGAUAAAGAUGGACAUACUCCAGCACUGGCAUGCGCACCAAAUAAAGAUGUGGCAGACUGCUUGGCUCUCAUCAUUUCCACAAUGAUGCCUUUUUCUGCUGGCACCAGCUGUGGCAUCAGUCUGAUGAAGCACUGUGGCAUUGCUGCAUCCCAUCAGCCCUUGUCCAACAGCGUGCCUAUACAGCUGAUCACAGAGGAACCACAGAGCUGAACACUAAACAAUAUACAGAACUGCCCUAUUAUUUUGAAGUCCUCUUUUCCAUCCAGAAGAUGUUAAAAUGUCAUUUCUAUUGUACAAUAUUAUACAACGCUACAGUUUUAGCAACAUGCAGUACAUACAGACAUCCUUAACUGCACCAUUCCAUUAUAUGCUAAAUUCCUCCCUUAUAUCUAGCCAUAGAAAAUCACUUCUAUUAUAGCAUCAUAUAGUAUACAUGGAGAGAAAUGUAUUCAUUUAUGUGUGGGUACUCUAAAUAUACAUUUUUACCAUUUCACUUUUAUCUCAACCUAUUAUUAAUACAUUUUCCAGCUUUCUUUGGACUUUUUGUGCAUUUUUUAAAUAGACAAAGUGCAAAAAAUAAAUGAGAAUGUUUAGUUACCCUGCAAACUACUGAAA